GCCCAGCUUGGCGUUUCGUGCCCUUUGGGCCGCCAUCUUCAACUACGUUCCCGAUUUCUCUGCGGUGGAGGGUCAGCGGCGCCUGGGGUCGCCCUCUGAUGGAUAACAUGGCAAGCCCAGAAAAAGAUAAUUACAGAAUGAAAAGUUAUAAAAACAAUGCCCUCAACCCCCAAGAAAUGCGAAGACGAAGAGAAGAGGAAGGCAUUCAGCUUCGGAAACAAAAAAGGGAAGAACAAUUAUUUAAACGUAGAAAUGUUUCUCUGCUGUCCAGUGAAGAGUCAAUGCAGGAGAGCCCAAUCCAGGAUCCUGAUGUAAGCUCUACUGUACCAAUUACAGAGGAAGAUGUGAUUACGUGUGACAUGGUUCAGAUGGUUUUCUCAGAUGAUCCUAGUCAACAACUUGCAGCAACCCAAAAGUUCAGAAAAUUACUUUCUAAAGAACCUAAUCCUCCAAUUGAUGAAGUUAUUCAAAAACCAGGAGUUGUGGAGAGAUUUGUCAAAUUUCUAGAAAAAAAUGAUAAUUGCACUCUUCAAUUUGAGGCAGCAUGGGCUCUUACAAAUAUAGCAUCUGGAACUUUCCUGCAUACCAAAGUGGUAAUUGAAACUGGAGCAGUCCCAAUUUUUAUUAAACUGUUGAAUUCUGAACAUGAAGAUGUCCAGGAGCAGGCAGUGUGGGCCCUUGGCAAUAUUGCCGGAGAUAAUGCAGAAUGCAGAGAUUAUGUAUUAAGCUGUGGAAUACUUCCUCCACUCUUACAACUCCUAACACAUUCUAACAGGCUCACAACUACCAGAAAUGCAGUCUGGGCACUUUCAAACCUCUGUAGAGGCAAAAAUCCACCUCCAGAUUUUAGCAAGGUUCGUCCUUGCUUAGGUGUUCUAUCAAGGCUGUUGUUUAGCAGUGACUCGGAUGUAUUAGCAGAUGCUUGCUGGGCCCUUUCUUACCUUUCCGAUGGACCGAAUGAUAAAAUACAAGCGGUUAUUGAUUCUGGGGUCUGCAGAAGAUUGGUAGAACUUCUGAUGCACAAUGACUACAAGGUCGUGUCGCCUGCAUUAAGAGCAGUGGGAAAUAUUGUGACUGGUGAUGAUAUUCAAACUCAGGUAAUUCUAAAUUGCUCUGCAUUACCCUGUCUCUUACAUUUGCUGAGUAGUCCCAAGGAAUCUAUUCGAAAAGAAGCAUGCUGGACAGUAUCUAACAUCACUGCAGGAAACAGAGCACAAAUUCAGGCUGUUAUAGAUGCAAAUAUAUUUCCAGUAUUGAUUGAAAUUCUUCAGAAAGCUGAAUUUCGUACUAUAAAGGAAGCAGCAUGGGCCAUUACUAAUGCAACAUCAGGAGGGACUCCUCAACAGAUUAGUUACUUAGUGGCAUUAGGUUGUACCAAACCUCUAUGUGAUCUUCUGACUGUGAUGGACUCUAAAAUAGUCCAGGUAGCCUUGAAUGGACUUGAAAACAUAUUGCGACAUGGAGAACAGGAAUCAAAGCAAAAUGGAAUUGGAGUGAAUCCUUACUGUGCCCGUAUAGAGGAAGCCUAUGGACUGGAUAAAAUUGAAAUCCUUCAAAGUCAUGAAAACCAAGAAAUCUACCAAAAGGCUUUUGAUCUCAUUGAACAUUAUUUUGGUGUGGAAGAGGAAGAUGCAAACAUUGUGCCCCAAGUGGAUGAAAGCGAGCAACAAUUUGUGUUCCAGCAACAGGAAGCCCCCAUGGAGGGGUUCCAGCUGUAACCCUUGGCUCAGAGGACAGGAGUGCUUUUGUGGUAGCCUUCAUUUGCUGCCCUGAGGGGGAACGUUUUGCUGAAGAAGAUAAAGGAGCAACUCAUGAACUCAACAUGUGCUUAUUUUUUCUCCUAUUGUGUGUUGCCAUUGUCUCGUUCCUAGAAAUACCAACCAUUCACAAGUUAAAAAAAUAAUAUUGCAUAGCUUGAAUUCUCACCUCAGAGCAGACAGCAGAUUCUGAGUUUUCAAGCAGUGGCUAAAAUUGCACCAUUAUCCAUAAACAGCUGUGAUAUUUUGGAUUUUGGCAGUGUGGUUUAUACGCCCAAGCUACACUAAAAUCUACCUCUAUUCCUUGGAGCAAAAAAGAUGUUUCAGAACUACAGACAUGAGCUCCUAGUAAAUGUUAAAUUUAGAAUGUGAAAAUUAUUUAUUUAAAUAGUGAAAAUAUAGUUUUGUGUGUGACACUUUGAGACAAACUGGUGAAAUAUAUUUAAAAACAACACUUCUAGGAGCACGUUGCUGGUUACAUACCAUAACAUUAAGCCUUAUGUCAAAAGUACAGUAUUUCUGCUGUUUGAAAAGAGGUAGCCGGUUUCAAUUUGUAGUUCAUCCGGACUUGUUCCUAGUUAUGUAAAGGAAGUUCCUUCAUCCUUUUAAUUUCUGUGGAAUUGCAAAAGUUGCCAGUGCUUGAACUAACUAUUACAGCUGAUUUUAUUAAUGACAGGUUGAUGACAUGAUGUGGAAAGCUUUAUCUGCUGAUAUUUGUCCAUUAAAUUGCUGGAGCUUUUUUUUCCUACCUACUAUGAACUUCUCAAUUAGAAAAGUAUGUUUAUAUUGUAAUGAUUAUUGUAAGGGAAUUUCUAUAGUUGCAUACUAGGAAUUCUGAACUGCAAUAUCCAUGUUUAACUUAAAAGCUACUAAAAUGUGUGAGGCUGCAACAUACCCUUUUAAAGAACAAAGUUAGAUUAUUUAUUUACACAGUGUAUUGUGUUUGACCAAAUAUAUGAAUGCAUUAUAAAACCCCUUUUUUAAAUGUUUGGCAAUUUUUCUAACUUAUUGAAAACAGAUCACCAAAAGUAUAUUUUCUAACAGAUCAACAGUAGCACUGGGAAAAACCAUUUUCCAAUUAAUUGAAGGAAAGCACUUGAAUAUACUAUUAUUUGUGACAACAUAUGUAAAAUAAGUUUAUAUAAUACUGGUUAAUUUUAUUUUACACUAGAAUGAACACUUGAGACCAUUUGUUUUAGGGUAUGAAUCUUAUAUGAAUUGGGAGAACUAUAGCCCAGUUCAAGUACUCUGAUAAUUUUGCUUAUCAGAAAUAUCUUGAUCUGUAUAAUACUUUUUAAAAAGUGAUGUAUAAUACCUACAAGCGAUUGCCUUUUUAAAAUACUGUGUAAAUUUCAAAUUCAUGUACUCAAAUUUUCAAAAAGGAGUUUGCAUUCAAUGAAAUACAUGUUCAUUCACGAACAUGUAUUUGAGUUAAAACACUGCUCUUUUUGUCAUAUAUUCAAGUUUUCCAAGAAUGAUCUGCCAAGGAAAAUAAGUCAUAAUUGGCCAUUGUGCCAUGCAUCUUAUGUCAUUGUUAUAGACACCCCUUUGUUUCAGUGCUAGAUCAAUAUUAGGAUUUUCGGAAUGAAGCUGUUUGAUUACUUAGUAGUUUUAAUCUGGGUCAGGAAUAAAUGGCUAAAGUGUUCAAUAUAGCUGCUUCCUGUAUUAACUCUACUGUCAUGGCCUGUGGAACUUGUUCUGUAUUUCCAUUGUAGUAGCUGACAUACAUACUUCUACUACGUACAAGAUUCACUGCAACAUGACCCAUAGCCUUCACAAAGGCAGUAUAACAACUAUAUUUACUCUCGAAGAAUUGUGGAAGUGCUGCUUGCCUUGGAAAAUAUAAGCUUAUUAGUUAAAAAUAGAUAUGUAUGAAUAGAGGAUCAUAACUGAGGAAGCCACCUCAUUUGGAAACUUGCUGGAAGUCCAGUGCAAGAUAUAAGAAGUCUACUUGAAAUCUGCAGCUAGACUUCCUAUAUCUAUUAGUGGAUAAUGGGAUAAUGGGAUUUGAGUAUUAGGGAACGUUUUAUAUUUGUAUCAUUCAUUCCAAGUACAGUUUAAAUUUGCCAAUUGAAAACUGAAUUUUAUCGGAAUUACUCUAGAAUGUUAAAAAAAAAGGGUGAUGACAGGGUAUAACCAUUGUUUGUUUGUUUGUUUGCAUUACACAAAUUACCAGUUGUGCCUGCUCUUAAUUUCCGAAUGAAUAAAUAAAUGCGCUCAUCAAAGCAUUUUUAUCUGAACAAAAAUCUAAGAUUACAUAUGAUUUAGAAAAAAACAUAAAUCUCAAAUGUAAAUUAACACAACUGUUUUGAAAGGAUAAUUUCAUCGUAUAAAUCAUGAGUAUGGUAAUUUCUGUAUAUUGCUGAAGACAUAAUUUUGACCUUAAUUUUGAUUGCUUAAGUAUUAGUAUUGGGUCAAAUUCUAUUACAAAUGAGAUUUUAAAAUGUUGCAUGAUUUAGAAACAUUUCAGGAAUUGGCCCUUUAAUAGACUUGAUAUCAACAGCAUCUGCAGGAUGUGUAGGAUUAGAGAAAAAAACAGUCCUAAAUAGAACAUCUUUGAACAAUUUAAAAAAUACUUCAGAUUUAAGAAUUCCUUCCUAAUUCAAAUUGACACAUUCUCAUGUAAUGGCCUGAAUUUGACAAGACUUUAAACUAUGCAACUAUGCCAAGUAUGUAUUUCAGAUACAAAAUAUAAUGUAUUUUACUCAAGCAGGUUUACAUUUAGAAAAUAGAUGGAUUAUGGUCUUAAAAGCAAACUACAAUUACUUAUUAUCUCAGUUGGAUUUAUUUGCUGACGCCUUAUUUACAUUUUGUUAUAUUAAUUAACUAAAAAUGUAUUUAGAAAAUGUGUAUUAUGAAACGGCUAAAAGAAUUGAGAUCUAUAAAAACACCACAUUUUUUAUUGUGUUUCGAAUGAUCAUCUGUAAUUUAUUGCAUCUUUGACAAACUACAGACUCAAUCUGCAAAUAUCAACAGUAUGCAAUAUUAGGGAAUGUUACUACUCAACACUACAAUGCAAAAUUAAUAAAUGUAUUUUACAUGAUA